CAGGUGAUGCGUGAGAAGGCAGAGGAGCUGAAGGAAGGUCCCAAUGACGGCUGCUACAUCAUGGGCCUGUUCGUGGAGGGGGCGCGCUGGGACCACGUGCACCACCAGCUCACAGAGUCGCGGCCGAAGGAGCUCUACACUGACCUGCCUGUGCCGUGGCUCAAACCUGAGGCCAACCGCAAGACGCCCACCACCGGCAUCUACGACUGCCCAUGCUACAAGACACUCACACGCGCUGAUAGCCUCGACCAUAAUGCCAUCAUGAGUUGCGAGACAAAUACAUGAAACAACAUAUUUACUUGUCAUCUUCAUGACAUGCUGGUGUUUACAGGUAAAUCCAAGGCUCAGUUUCUGACACUUCAUUUUCCCCUUGUUAUAGUGCCCUAGUAAGACUUGAACCAGCAAUGAGCCUAUGAUGUUUGCGAAAAGAAAGUGCAAUGACUGUUGAGUGAUUUAUUGUCCCCUACCGGUUUCACCAGAGGGGACUUAUGGUUUGCGCUCCGUCUGUCAGUCAGUCUGUCAGUCAGUCACACUUUUCUGGAUCCUGCGGUAACUUUAAAAGUUCUUAAUAUUUUUUCAUGAAACUUGAAACAUUGAUAGAUGGCAAUAUGGACAUUAUGCACGUCAUUUCAUUUUGGUUCCUACGUCAAAAAUUCUGGUUGCUUUGGCAACAAAUAGACUAGAAACACGGCUGAAAAUGGUGGUUUUCUGGAUCCUGCGAUAACUUUUAAAGUUCUUAAUAUUUUUUCAUGAAACUUAAAACAUGGAUAGAUGUCAAUAUGGACAUUAUGCACGUCAUUUCAUUUUGUUUCUAUGUAAAAAAAUCUGGUUGCUAUGCCAACAACAACAAUUCUGACAACGGUGGAAUUUCUGACAAUGGUGGAGCCGGUAGGGGACUAUAUUGCUUGGCAAUUGUC